GGCAGGGAGAGGAUCCCAUUCCUGCACACGAGAUCACCACAGCCCCGUGGGAGGAGACAUUUUCCCCUGUUUUUCAUGGCUCUGGGUGUUUCUUUCCCCCCAGUUCCCUCGGAUCAUCCUGUGGCUGAUGGUGGAACUCGCCAUCAUCGGCUCGGACAUGCAGGAGGUCAUCGGCUCGGCCAUCGCCAUCAACCUGCUCUCCGUGGGCAAGAUCCCGCUCUGGGGGGGGGUGCUCAUCACCAUCGCCGACACCUUUGUCUUCCUCUUCCUCGACAAAUAUGGCCUGCGGAAGCUGGAGGCGUUUUUCGGGUUCCUGAUCACCAUCAUGGCCCUGACCUUUGGAUACGAGUACAUCACGGUGAAGCCCAACCAGGAGAAGGUGCUGCAGGGGCUGUUCAUCCCCUACUGCAAGGACUGUGGGACGCCCCAGCUGGAGCAGGCCGUGGGCAUCGUGGGCGCUGUCAUCAUGCCCCACAACAUGUACCUGCACUCUGCCCUGGUCAAGUCCAGGCAGGUGGAUCGCUCGGACAAGCGGCAGGUGCGAGAGGCCAACAAGUAUUUCUUCAUCGAGUCGUGCAUCGCCCUCUUCGUGUCCUUCAUCAUCAACAUCUUCGUGGUCUCCGUCUUCGCCGAGGCCUUUUUCAACAAGACCAACGCGGACGUGAACCAGGUCUGUGUCAACUCCAGCAGCCCCCACUCCUCGCUCUUCCCCAACAACAACGAGACACUGGAGGUGGACAUAUACAAGGGGGGUGUUGUUUUGGGGUGUUACUUCGGCCCUGCUGCUCUCUACAUCUGGGCCAUCGGGAUCCUGGCGGCCGGGCAGAGCUCCACCAUGACGGGCACCUACUCGGGCCAGUUCGUCAUGGAGGGGUUCCUGAACCUGCGCUGGUCCCGCUUUGCCCGGGUGCUGCUCACGCGCUCCAUCGCCGUCACCCCCACCCUCUUCGUCGCCAUCUUCCAGGACGUCGAGCACCUGACGGGCAUGAACGACUUCCUCAACGUCCUCAUGAGCCUCCAGCUCCCCUUUGCACUGAUCCCAGUGCUCACCUUCACCAGCCUGCCCAGCGUGAUGCACGACUUCGCCAACGGCCUGUUCUGGAAGGUGGCCGGGGGCCUCCUGAUCCUCCUCGUCUGCUGCAUCAACAUGUACUUUGUGGUGGCCUACGUGAGGGACCUGCACAACCUGGGCCUGUACAUCGGGGCCGCCGUGCUCAGUGUCGUCUACCUGUCCUUCGUGGCCUACCUGACGUGGCUGUGCCUCAUCGCCCUGGGCGCCUCCUUCCUGGCCUGCGGGAACACGGUAAGCGUCACCCGGACCCUGCACCUGGAGCCGCCGCCCCCCCGGACCCCCAAAUAAUGGGGGGGGGAGGUCCCGGACCCGCCGGAGCCGC